AUGUUAGGCUUGGGUGUGCUUCGACUCAAAACUCGCCCCUCCUUACUGGAUCUGAUAGCCAGUCGCGGUGUGGUGGAAACCGAGCAACAACAGCAACAGCAACCGCCUGACGGAUCGAGGUCGUCAUCACCGCCCAGACCAGAGAACCUGCCACCGCUCCCCGUCUCGCCCACCUUCCCUAGCACCAGUACCAGCACCAGCUCCUCCGAUUCUUCCUCCUUUCUCGAUCCCUCCCCCUCCGUUUCAACAGCCUCCAUCUACACACCUGUUCCACGCACCAUGGCACCAUCCGGUAGGGGCGCCGAGGCUGAUGAUGCCCAUCAUGGCGCUGUGUUCUCCAUCUCCGGCCCCGUCGUCGUGGCCGAGAACAUGAUCGGUUGUGCUAUGUACGAGCUGUGUCGAGUGGGUAGCGAUCAGCUUGUCGGAGAAGUCAUCCGUAUUGAUGCAGAUAAGGCCACCAUCCAAGUUUACGAAGAAACUGCUGGUGUGACAGUCGGCGACCCUGUUAUGAGGACGGGUAAACCCCUGUCCGUUGAGCUGGGUCCUGGUUUGAUGGAAACAAUCUACGAUGGUAUCCAGCGACCCCUGAAGGCGAUCUACGACAAGUCAAAGAGUAUCUAUAUUCCUCGCGGCAUUUCGGUGAAUGCGCUCGACCGCGAAAAGAAGUGGGACUUCAAGCCCGGUCGGUAUAAAGUCGGCGAUCACAUUACGGGAGGUGACAUCUGGGGUACCGUGUUCGAGAACAGCUUGGUGAAUGAACACAAGAUCCUCCUCCCACCCCGCGCGCGAGGCACCAUCACGCGGAUUGCCGAGCCCGGUAGCUACACUGUCGAGGAGAAGCUGCUAGAACUUGAGUUUAAUGGCAAGAAGUCGGAGCAUGGAAUGAUGCAUACCUGGCCCGUCCGUGUGCCCAGACCGGUUAGCGAUAAGCAAGCAUCCGAUGCCCCUUUCAUCGUCGGCCAGCGAGUGCUCGACUCUCUUUUCCCCAGUGUGCAGGGUGGUACUGUGUGCAUUCCCGGUGCUUUUGGAUGCGGCAAAACUGUCAUCUCUCAGAGUGUGUCCAAGUUCUCGAACAGUGACAUAAUUGUCUAUGUUGGAUGUGGUGAACGUGGUAAUGAGAUGGCCGAGGUCUUGAUGGACUUUCCAGAGCUUUCAAUUGAAAUCGAUGGUCGCAAAGAACCUAUCAUGAAGCGUACAUGCCUGAUUGCCAACACCUCCAACAUGCCUGUCGCUGCUCGUGAGGCUUCCAUCUACACCGGUAUUACCAUCGCCGAAUACUUCCGUGACCAGGGCAAGAACGUGGCUAUGAUGGCGGAUUCCAGCUCCCGCUGGGCCGAGGCUCUGCGUGAAAUCUCAGGUCGUCUAGGAGAGAUGCCUGCGGACCAAGGUUUCCCUGCAUACCUGGGUGCUAAGCUGGCCUCUUUCUAUGAGCGUGCUGGCAAGAGUCUCGCCUUAGGAAGCCCCGAAAGAGAAGGCAGUGUCAGUAUUGUCGCUGCUGUCAGUCCGCCGGGUGGCGAUUUCUCGGACCCUGUCACUACUAGCACGCUCGGUAUCGUCCAGGUGUUCUGGGGUCUAGACAAGAAGCUGGCACAGCGCAAGCAUUUCCCUUCGAUCAACACCGCCAUGUCCUACAGCAAAUACACCACGAUUCUGGACAAAUUCUACGAGAAGCACCACCCCGAGUUCCCACGUCUGCGUGAGAGUAUCCGAGAACUUCUCACCAAAUCCGAGGAUUUGGACCAGGUCGUCCAACUGGUCGGCAAGGCGGCUUUGGGUGAUUCGGACAAAAUCACCCUGGAUGUGGCUGCCAUGGUGAAGGACGACUUCCUGCAGCAGAACGGAUACAGUGACUACGAUCAGUUCUGCCCUCUAUGGAAGACGGAAUACAUGAUGAAGGCCUUCAUGGGCUAUCAUGAUGAAGCCCAAAAGGCCAUUGCUCAGGGUCAAAACUGGGCCAAGGUGCGCGACGCCACCGCCGACAUCCAGACUGCUCUGCGGAGCAUGAAGUUCGAAGUGCCGGAGGAUGAAGCCGCAGUCUCGGAGAAGUACGAGAAAGUCCUUCAAACCAUGUCGGAACGCUUCGCCUCGGUAUCGGAUGAACCCCUCGUGCUGAAGCUCCGAGGCCGGCUGACGCCUGACAGGAUAAACGUGAAUGAUCCGAGCCUGAUCUCGCUGGUGAACAAGCUGCAAGAUGUCUUUUCGACAGUCGGGGUCCAAAACCCGAUCGAUCUGCCCCAAAUUUCAGUCGUUGGCUCGCAGUCCAGCGGUAAGAGUUCAGUGUUGGAAAACAUAGUCGGUCGCGAUUUCCUCCCUCGUGGAUCCGGUAUCGUUACUCGGAGACCCCUCAUCUUGCAGCUGAUCAACAAAACCGCCGGGAACGCCAAGGUCAAUGGAACCCAUGACGAGAAGUUAGAGACGACGGAUAAGGAGGCGAAUCUGGACGAGUACGGCGAGUUCCUGCAUAUUCCCGGCCAGAAAUUCUACGACUUCAACAAGAUUCGAGAGGAGAUCGUGCGGGAGACCGAGUCGAAGGUCGGUCGCAAUGCUGGAAUAUCGCCUGCUCCUAUCAAUUUGCGUAUCUACUCCCCCAACGUCCUGACCCUCACAUUGGUGGACUUGCCCGGCUUGACUAAGGUGCCGGUCGGGGAUCAACCCAAGGAUAUCGAGAAGCAGAUCAGGGAAAUGGUCUUGAAGUACAUUAGCAAGCCAAAUGCGAUUAUUUUGGCCGUGACCUCGGCCAACCAGGACCUUGCCAACUCGGACGGUUUGAAGCUGGCUCGAGAGGUCGACCCGGAGGGUCAGCGUACGAUCGGUGUGUUGACCAAGGUUGAUCUGAUGGACGAGGGAACCGAUGUCGUGGAUAUUCUUGCGGGCAGGAUUAUCCCUCUGCGUCUCGGAUAUGUGCCAGUAGUGAACCGUGGCCAGCGCGAUAUUGAGAACAAGCGACCCAUCGCAUACGCCUUGGAGAGUGAGAAGAACUUCUUCGAGAGCCACAAGGCCUAUCGGAAUAAGGCGUCGUACUGCGGUACCCCGUAUCUGGCCCGAAAACUGAAUUUGAUCCUGAUGAUGCACAUAAAGCAAACACUGCCCGACAUUAAAGCUCGCAUUUCAUCCUCUCUUCAAAAAUACACAUCGGAACUAUCGCAGCUCGGUGAUUCAUUGCUUGGAAACAGCGCCAAUAUCGUCCUGAAUAUUAUCACGGAAUUCAGCAAUGAGUAUCGCACGGUGUUGGAAGGUAACAACCAGGAACUAUCCAGCAUGGAGCUGUCCGGCGGUGCUCGUAUCAGUUUCGUGUUCCACGAGCUUUAUUCGAAUGGUAUUAAAGCGGUCGAUCCGUUCGACAAUGUCAAAGAUAUCGAUAUCCGAACGAUCCUUUACAACUCCUCUGGUUCAUCGCCUGCCCUGUUCGUAGGCACCACGGCCUUCGAGUUGAUUGUCAAGCAGCAGAUUAAGAGACUCGAGGAUCCCAGCUUGAAGUGUAUCUCGCUGGUGUAUGAUGAGCUUGUGCGCAUUCUGGGUCAGCUGCUGAACAAGCAGCUGUUCCGGAGGUAUCCUAUGCUGAAGGAGAAGUUCCACGCGGUUGUUAUCGGCUUCUUCAAGAAAUGCAUGGAACCGACAAACAAGAUUGUUCACGAUCUCAUUUCCAUGGAGGCUUGCUACGUCAACACUGGUCACCCGGAUUUUCUGAACGGCCAUCGCCAGGCCAUGACUAUUGUCAAUGAGCGUCAAGCUGCCAGCAAGCCUACCCAGGUCGACCCAAAAACCGGAAAACCGCUUCCUCCCCGAGCAAACAGCCCAUCAUCGGUCGACGUUACUCAGGAUAGCAGUAGCGGCUCUGGGUUCUUUGGGAGCUUCUGGGCAUCGAAGAACAAGAAGAAGAUGGCUGCUAUGGAGCCUCCACCACCGACUCUUAAGGCGUCGGCCUCCUUGUCCGAGCGUGAAAGCACCGAAGUUGAGGUUAUCAAGCUUCUUAUUACGUCUUACUUUAACAUUGUGAAGCGGACUAUGAUUGAUAUGGUUCCUAAGGCUAUUAUGUAUACUCUUGUCCAGUUUACGAAAGAUGAGAUGCAACGCGAACUGUUGGAAAACAUGUACCGCAAUUCCGAGCUGGAUGAUUUGUUGAAGGAGAGCGACUAUACCAUCCGCCGACGAAAGGAAUGCCAACAAAUGGUGGAGAGCCUGUCUCGUGCCAGCGAGAUUUACACAGCUCGACAGAGCACCAAAGACCGCGUGGCCCUGCCGGAACUCCAGGUGUCAGAGCUGCGCGACGGGGCCGACAAGUCAUUGUCGAAGCAGCUCGAGCGCAUGCGCAAGUCCGACCAGCUGCUCGUCAUCGUGGAUGCGGUGAAAGCCACGCUAGACGCCGGCGACAAUGCCUCCUCCAGUCGCAGUCUCGACUGCCAACACCAACUAGGAAGUCGGCCCGAUGGCCACGCUUCCCCUCACGGAUACCACAUCCUUCUUAAUGGCAUUUUGAAUGGCUGGGACGGCGCCGUGGCCGACCACGAGCUUCCUCAUAACUCAUCAGCAUUGCCGCUCUCUACCAGAGCGGCCAUCGCCGGCUCAUUGACCAGUUGGUGUUGCUCUACUGCUCCACCUGUCCCUCUUAGUAAGCCGCUCACUGGCUCUGGAAUCUCACCCGCUGACGUGCCUGCGCAGUUCCCUUUCGCCCAGCGGGAAAGUUGUCAGAGCCGCCUUGAUCAGUCAUCGCAGUUAAUGGUUUCAGGCCUUCUCACUCGCUCUCCACAAGGCCAUACAAUUGAAAGUCCUCAUAACAUAUCUAUCGACAUGAUUUCAUGGUAUCUUCUCAUCUCUGCAUGCCGCCACGCAUCGUAA